ACCGUUUUCUCGUCCCGCACAACAACCGCCUGCGAACCGGCCGGCCAAAUUUGAUUGUUGAUUCUUGUUCGAUCUCGUCGGCGGCCACCCCAACCCGCCACUGCCUCGCCAUCAAAUAACGGCCGCACCAAGAAUUCCUUCGCUGUCCCAACCGAAUACGACCUAAUUUCUACUGGUAUCGCGGAUUUUGUUAUGGCAGAGGGAAAUGGUGACCCCAAGAUGGACCAUAAAGAAGAACUAGACAAAAGCUCAUCAGAGCCUCACUCCGAGGACUACAGCAAACUCAUCGAGUACGGAUUAGAUGAAAAAGUUGCCUCAAAGUUAGAUGAAAUCUACAAAACAGGAAAAUUAGCUCAUGCAGACCUGGACGAAAGAGCAUUAGAUGCCCUGAAAGAGUUCCCGGUCGAUGGUGCUCUAAAUGUCCUGACACAGUUUCUGGACUCUAAUCUGGAGCAUGUCUCCAACAAAUCUGCGUUCCUAUGCGGGGUCAUGAAAACCUACCGCCAGAAGAGCCGUGCCGGCCAAACUUCACAAGUACCUACAACCGCCAAGGCGCCCGAUGAAGACAAAAUUCGGGCCAUCCUUGACAGAACUGGCUACACCCUUGACGUCACAACUGGUCAACGCAAAUACGGCGGACCACCACCCAAUUGGGAGAAGCCAACACCUGGAAAUGGAUGCGAGGUGUUUUGCGGAAAAAUACCUCGAGACAUGUACGAGGACGAACUUAUCCCCUUGUUUGAAAAAUGUGGCAAGAUCUGGGACCUGAGGCUCAUGAUGGACCCGAUGACCGGGCAAAAUCGAGGAUAUGCAUUUGUCACAUUUACCUCGAGGGAUGCUGCUCAGCAGGCUGUUCGUGAGCUCGAUAGUUAUGAGAUCAAACCUGGCAAGACACUGAAAGUUAACAUUAGUGUUCCGAAUCUGCGUCUUUUUGUCGGCAACAUUCCUAAGUCUAGAGGCAAAGAGGAGAUAAUGGAAGAAUUCGGUAAAUUAACAGCUGGCCUCACAGAGGUGAUAAUCUACAGUUCUCCAGAUGACAAGAAGAAGAAUAGGGGUUUUUGCUUUUUGGAGUACGAAUCCCACAAGGCAGCAUCAUUAGCAAAGCGUCGCUUGGGAACAGGUCGUGUAAAGGUUUGGGGCUGUGAUAUUAUUGUAGACUGGGCAGAUCCGCAAGAGGAGCCUGAUGAAGAGACAAUGUCGAAGGUGAAGGUGCUUUAUGUGAGGAAUCUUACACAAGACUGCACUGAGGAAAAGUUGAAGGAAUCGUUUGAGUCAUUUGGAAAGGUAGAGAGGGUAAAGAAAAUCAAGGAUUAUGCAUUUGUGCACUUUGAGGACCGUGAUCAAGCUGUUUUGGCUUAUCGACAGGCUAUGAAUGAGUUGAAUGGAAAGGACAUUAAUGGAGCACACAUUGAGGUUUCAUUAGCCAAGCCUCCUUCCGACAAAAAGAAAAAAGAGGAAAUGUUGAGAGCCCGUGAGAGGCGCAUGAUGCAGAUGAUCGGCCAAAGAGCAGGCAUUGGCAUUGGCCCCCGUGGAGGCCCAGGUGGCACCCCCUUGAGAGGCGGUCUUACUCGUGGUGACUAUGAUUAUGAUUACGACUAUUACGGUUAUGGUGAUUAUCGUGGCGGCUACAGUGAUCCUUAUUUUGAUGACUAUUAUAGAUACGACGAUUACUAUUAUGAUUACGCCUUGCAUCCAUCCGCGGCCCCACGUGGAAGAGGCAGGCAGCCCCAGCCGGCGGCUUCCCGUGGGCGUGGGGUGGUAGCGCGUGGCAGGGCCGGUGGCCCUCCGGGAAUGCCACAGCGUGGCCGGGGAACACCCAGCCGAGGGGGGGCCAACAACGGGGGAACACGUGGCAAGGCCAACAACAACGGAACACGUGGGGCAACAACGGCAGCAGCCAAAGAGGCGGCAGCCGCCAAAUCGGCGGGCCCAAGUUUACCAGGUGAGGAUGGUAAACGCAAGUUCGACGGAGGGCACCAGAACCAAGGGGAGUCAAAGAGGCGCUUCCAAACCACAGCUUCAUCAGGAGGCAACAAUGGAGGAGAAGCAGGAGGAAGCAGCUCAUCGGCAGCUAGUGGCGGAGAGGGCAGUGGAAGCAACACAUGGGGCAGUCAGCCAAUUCCACAGCAGCCCUUGAGUGCAUCGUUUAUCGGUGGUGGUGUCAAUGGUGGCAAUACCUAUUGCUCGCCCAACAGCGGAGGAGGAGGAGACCAGCAGUGGUACCAAGACUCAUAUGGACAAUCAUGGAAUUAAGGUGUCAGUUCUCCCCGUAGAACCAGCGGAAUUCUUCUCUCUCAGAAAAAGAGCAAAACACGAAAACCACCCACACACAUACACAAAACCACCCCUUUUAACAACAGCAUCAUCUAAAGCAGCCUCCUACUACUGUAUCCAGCCUAAAAUUCAAACGAUACCCCUGUGUUGGAAGUUGACACAAUAAGAGGAAUUAAUUGCAGGACAUAUCGGAGGGGGGAGUAACGGUCGAGAGAAUGUUGUUGUAAUGAACUGCAAGUGAAUAAUUUUCAGCCACUUACUUCGUCUCUAGCCUAUUUUGAAAAAAUCUUAGAGAAGAAGGAAGUCGCUCGAAUUUUUGUUUGUUUACUUCUUAAGUGAGAAUUGUUGCUCAGCAAACCCACUUUGUACACUUAAAAAACAUCCAUACAACAAAAAAAAAUGAAAUUAUGUACUGCACACAAGCAACAACAAAACUACUCGGUCUUAUCCGAAAUUCAAUAUUAAUAAUAAUACAGUUCAUUCAAAAUGCUAUGUUGCUCUAAAAAAAAGUAAUUCCCAUGCAAAUGGUGUUUUUAAAAAACAAGAAACAAAAAGGUCCACUCUGUAAUAGAAAUGAAAGGUAAUAUUUUAUCACACUCUUGGUCUUACCGUAGGAAGAACACUCACUCUGUAGGUAGACUAGGAACAUGAAUUAGCAUGUUAAUCACGCAAGUGAAAAAAAGAUAUACAAAGAAACAUACACACGCAUUCUUGUUAAAAACUUUUAAAAAGAGUGUUUACGAAAUUUUAAUGCAUGUUAUUCAUGAUGGAAAUAAUUGUUGUUUGAAACCCUAACAACGCAUUUAAUGGUCUAAGCCCAAGUUUGUGAUAAAAAUGUUAUCAAUGGUGAAAAAAUUAUUUAUUUCCAAAUCGUGCGUGCUUGUAAAGCACUUAAAUAGUUUGAUUAGUAUUACUACAAAUUGUAAACGAGAAAAUUACAUACACUCAGUGAAUGUUCUAUUACACUGCUGAAAUUUACCAGGGAUUCAAAUGAUGACAAAAGCAAAACAGAUAUUAACCGACGGUUUUAAAAACCUUUUUUACAGAAAUUAGAAAUUCCAGAAAAACGUUUAUUAUUUUUGUAGCCCUCCCUUGCGCAUAUGCAAUCAGUUGCCUCUCCUUUUUUUAACCCCCCUAAGUUCUGGCGACCACAUCACACUGUGGGGGACACCCGAAAAACAGAACCACGCUAUGCUAAAAGUUAAAACUCACACGAUUUAAUAAUGCCGAUUAUCACGAUUUUAAUUGAUCGAUUGAUUAUAAAUAUUUAAUUUGUAAGUGCGGGCGCGGUAUUUGACAAAAUGACAAGAAAACACCACUUGAAAUCAGGAGUACUCCCGCAAUUUACGCAGACCCACUAAAUCGAGCUCCUGACAGAUGAAUAUGCCAAGGCUUUUAAUUGUUUGUGCAAGUAAUGCAACAUGGGACUAGCGAGAUGAAUUGAUUUUUAACAGUUUGGCAUUUUUAGUGUUUCUUUUAUAUACAUAGAUUUGAUUUACACAGUAAAUUUUUUUGAAUUAAUAAUGUUCUUGUAAGUUUUCAAUGUUAAGUUGUAAUUAUUUGACGUAGUUGCCGGCGAUUGGUGGCUUGAACGGACCCGACCGCCGGCUCUCGGUCGGUGGAUCGGAAUGACACAGCAGUUGGACGGCCGUCCGGCGCUCGGGUUGGUCGAACGUGCCGAUCGCCUCAAUUUUCUGUAUUACCUUUUUACACCUACUGCAUACAUCAUCUACAAUAUUCAUGUCGACAGCAGUUUUUGAUUGUAAUUCAUAUAAUAGGCUUAAUUAUUGCAAUAGUGGUAUACACAAACUUGGUCUUUGCUGAGUAGUGACGAAAAAUCUAAUGACGAAAAAACAACCAACCGUAAAAAAAGUUCAAACGAUGAAAAUUCAACUGGAAAGAUUAACAGAGACACACAAACAACAAAUUGUCAUGGAUGGAUGAAUGGGUUGAUAAGGGAUGUUGAAACAAGAUUGCUGAGAUGCUUUUUUCAGAAAAAAGCAUGCGUAAGACUGAUGUAAAAUGUGACAUAAGAAGUAGGGACGGCGACUUUUUUGCGCCCCCUUGUUGAAUCGUAUGAAAAUAAAAAUGUUAAUUAUUUAAUGUGCAUGGGUGAAACCACAACAAGAAGAGCAUAUUGUCCUACUAUUCAAUGUGCCAAAACUGCAAAGUAUAAUCUCAUCUCUUGGUAUUAAGAAGUAGGCGCGGUACAGUACCCGUUAAUGCAUGUUCUCAACUAACAUUGUGUUCAAGAGGGGCGGCUGCUCGUCCCCCGCGGGGGGCGGCAGCCGCCCCACUUAAUUAUGUGCGAUAUUUCCGACGCCGAGCCACUUGGCGGCGGGAAAUGGCGAGAAGUUCUUUUUGUCCCAGCCGGUAAUGGAUUUUUAUUUUUUGUACUACAACAACUACAACACAAACAGAAGGCGCAAAAAUCCAUGACCAGCAAAGAAUUUUUGUGAAUACCACAAAAACGCUAUUGUCAUUUUGAAUUUUUUGUUUAGGUUUUAAUUACACAUAACUAUAAAAUUUCUCUGGUAAUUGUGAGGAGUGGGUUUUGGCUUUGAUAGCAAUUACUUUUAAAUAAUUAUGUACAAUGUUAUGAAUUAUUUUUAAAUUUAAAAGAGUAAAAAAAAUAUUAUUUUACACAAAGAAAGAAAAGAAAUUAUAAUAAUUAUGAAAUCAACUCUCGUGAAGUAAAAAAGAAACGCUGGAAAAUUUAAUAGCUUUUGUUAGUUUCUCAUCCUGGAAGGUGGAUGGACAUGUUGGCAGAGCGCGGAAAGAAUUGUUAACCCGGUAUAUUUUAAAUACGAGUGUUUGAUCCAUAUUUGGAUACUGGAAAUCAAGCGAAUUUUGAUGAGGAUGUUUAAAAGCGGCCGGCGCGCCCGGACACUGGCUGUUCGGGUCGCCGCCCUGGACAAGAUGUUGAACGCUCUAGACAAAUAUUGUAUCGCCUCCAGUGUUGGUUUGUUCAAUGAAAAAUUUCAUGUCUUCAAAUAAUAAUAAUUAAAUGCUAAUGAAUAAAAGCAAAAAUACUUGUGUCGAGGGUAUGUUACCUUCGGUUCAAGCAUGAUUUUUAUAAUAAAACGAAAAACGCGAAAAAAAUGAUGAUAAUAAUUUGCUGAGACGUGCACCCUUUUGUGAUGUAAAUUAAUACAUUAAUUAUACAUUUAUUUUUAUUGAAUUUUCUUCUUUUACGGCACGCUCGUUUAUAAACUUCAAUUGAAUUUCAAGAGUGUAUUUCAAUACACGAUCAACUAUUUCUAAUAUUGUAUUUUCCUUUUAUCCUAUUUUAUUGCAUGUUAAAUUUUAUCAUGAAGAACUUUUUGUGCUUCAUUAAAUUUUAGGCCCACUCGGAGUUUUUUUCAUUAAUUCUGCAGUUUCUUUUCCUUUUUUAUUUCCUUCAUUCAAUUACAAUAAUUUAGAUUGUCCCCUCUGCAUUCACAAUAAAUUUAAUUGGCAGUGUAAAGUUAAGUGUACUAUAGUAAUGCCUCUUUAUCUAAAAAAAAAAAAGCAAAGAAGAAAAGUUUUGAUGAUAGAAAACUUUAAAAAAGUAUUUAACUCACGUUUGGGAAUAAAAGUUUAAAAAUUAUGAUUGUCGCUAUAUUCAACUUGAAUGGAACGAUGAUGACACUUUCGGAUUAUAUACUUGGUUCAUGUUCAAUUUGGGUCAGUAUAUAGCAGAAUAAUUGAAAAAUAAUAUAAAAAGGCACUGGCUGUUCAGUUGCAUUAUACGGCUUUAUGUAAUCCCCUUACAUGUCUCAAUAAAGUUGUAAGAGAUAUACUGAA